GUUUCCGAGAAGAUCACAGUUUUCACCCAGAAGUUCCUCACGUCUGUGUUCAAUGCCUACAUCGAGAAAGGCAAGGCGUACUCUAACGGUUUGAAGCUUCUUGGUAAUCGCAUGUCAAAAGCAAUGGAUGAUCUGCUUGCCACGGAGACAGCACUCACCGCAGAGGUGACCGACUUCCUCGAAGCACUUGGCCUUAUGGUGAGCGGAGUCGUCAACGUGUGCGACCCGACCAGCGUGUGGACGACGGACGACGUCGACAACUAUUUUGCCACCAUUGCCUCCCUCGACACCAGCCGCGGAGAUUUCUACAGCGGCCUCGGAGGGAUUGCGAUCGCCGUUGGCGCAUGCGAGCACUACAAUAAGAUCUGGACGAUGCUCACGGACAACAGGGUGAUGGUGCAGGAGUUGAGUGAGGAGGUCGGCGAUGCCAUGAUGGCACUGAAUGCCGUGGUGCUUGACCCCAUGAACUUCACUGGCGCUUCAACUGCGGUCACAAUUACGCUGGCGUGUAUCCCGAAUGUAUCGUGCUCUCUGGACUGGGAGAUCGCACGCCAGAUCAUUGACCAGACGAAGCCGGUGCUCGCUAGUAUGUCCAACUACGCCACGGAAGCCUUGGAGCGCGGCACCUUCUCGCAAGGCGACCGCGCGGGAUUCGGCCAGCUGCUGGGGAAGGCAGUCGACAUCAUGCCGCACGACGCCGACCUCGUGGAGAUGAAGGCUACCCUUGAGGAGGCCGACGCGACCAUGGCCCGCGACGCCAUCAAGGCCCAGGUGAGAGCGAUGUCCGAAGCGAUCCUUGCCGACAAGAUGACGUGCGAGCUCCUUCGCAAGGACUUGCCUCUGGUCUUGGAGAGGGUCACCCCCGCCGAGCUGGGUGAUGAGUUGAUCGAGGUUCUCGGCGCGUGCUCCAUGGAGAUCGUCAAGACGGCUGCUGAUGAUGAGGUGGGCAUCGCUGCCGCCGCUAACCAGGGGGUCACGGCCAAGAUCUUCGACGAGGAGGGGUUCUUGCAGAGGGAGCAAAUCGACCUGGGGGACCCUGAGUUUACCCUCAUGCGCUUCCUGUCCGAGAAGCUGUUCGCCUUCACCCACGAGGCGAGCGACUCCAACGCGGACUUGCACGCCUACGUGGUCGACAAAGUGUCCACCUUGAGGGAGAAGGCCGUCACGAUCUUGAGGACCGUCGGCGCCUUUGCAGUGGAGACGGCGCUGGCUGACUGCCAGGCGGCCGUGGCCAAGAUCCAGCCCUUCCUGCGAGGAGCUCCCGAUGGCGAAUCGUGGCUGAAUGGAGUUUCGGACAAGGACCAGGGCGCGUGGAAGAGGCUUUCCGACCACGCGGACGGGGCCAUCAUGAGCAGCGCG